UAUUGCAAUUCAUGCCAUUUUCCCCAUCGGACAAAUUCAGCUUCAUCAAAAUUCCAGAUUUCUUCCUCCCUUUCUCUCCAAAAUUUCAGAUCGAUAUCUUCCUCCCUUUCUCUCCAAAUUUCCUUAGUAAAACUUAUGCAUCAAAACAUCAAAAUCAAAUAGUAAAAUUAAAACCAGAUAUGAAAAUUUGUUCAUCUUCAUCUUCCUUUAGGGUUUGCUUAUCAUACCGAUUCCAGACCUUUGAAAUUGUUCUUUAGGGUUCGCAAAUCAUACCAGUUCCAGACCAUCAAAAUUAUUCCUCAGGGUUCGUAAAUCUUUCGAAUCCCUUUCAUUCAUCUGCUCCAAGAAACCUUCGCAGCUACUUCGGAACCGAAUUAUUUGCUAAACAUAAGAUAUGACCUCUUUUGCAAGGGAAAGCAUAACCCUUCUAGAAUAAAUAGUUGUGUAUGCAAAACGCCACCUUCUUUUUGUAUUGGUGUAUUUGGAAGUGACUUUGGUGAAGGUAUUGGUGAUGUCAAUGAUCAACGAGGUACCAUCAUAUUGUAGAUUAUGAUUAAUAGAGAUGGUGGUAUUUUACUAAAGCUUUAGAGAAUGAGAAGAAAUAUCUAGUUUGAGGAAAGGACUAGGAAAGAACUUCAUUUGUUGUCAUGGAACACCACAAAGAUUGUUUGGAUGUUGAUUCCAGUGAAGUAGAAUACACAGAUGAUUUAAUAGAGGAUGAAGAACAUCAUAGUUCGUUUGAUGCUGAAGAUGAUGUUGAUGGUAAUGCUGAUGAUGAUGUUCAUGAUGAAUCAGUUCAACUAGAGGGUUCAAUCAGCGAUGCUUUAGCAGGCGACAGGUUUGUGAAUGUAAAUUCCAUUGCCUCUGAUGAAAUUCUUAAACUUGAAUUUGGUCCUGCUGAUGAAGCGUAUGAAUUUUAUUAUCGUUAUGGAAAAUGCAAAGGUUUUUCCAUUAGGAAAGGUGAUGUUAGGCGCAAUAGUAGUGGAAUAAUUACAAUGAGGGAGUUUGUCUGCAACAAGAAUGGGUUAAGAGACAAGAAGCACUUAUCUAGGAAUGAUAGGAAAAGAGAUCAUAGACGUCUCACCCGAACAAAUUGCGAAGCAAGGCUUCGUGUGCAUUACAAAGCCAAAAAAGGGAGAUAUGUAGUGUCUAGGUUUGAAGAGGGGCAUAACCAUGAAGUAACCCCUCCUAAAUUUACACACUUGCACCCACUGUAUCGUAAAAUCUCUGAAGCAGACAGGGCCCAACUUGAUGCUCUUCAAUCACAUGGAAUCAGAAAAUGCCAUAUAAUGGGAUAUAUGGUUGCUCAGAAGGGUGGAUAUGCUGAUGUAGGUUUUACUAAGAAAGAUUUGUAUAACUAUUUUGAUAAAAAGAUGCGUGGUGUCAUUAAAGACGGUGAUGUUGCUGCUGCUCUAAAGUAUCUUAAUGUGAAGUCUUCCACCGAUCCAAUGUUAUAUGCUGAAUACGAUGUCAACAAUGAUGGAAGAAUGAAAAGUCUGUUUUGGGCUGAUGGGAGUAGUAGGUCUGAUUAUUUUUGUUUUGGCGACGUUUUGGCGUUUGACACAACGUACAAGAAGAACAAAUACAAUUAUCCGUUGUGUAUAUUUUCUGGGUGUAACCACCAUUCACAGACCAUUAUAUUUGGUGUUGCGUUGUUGGAGGACGAAACAAUUGAGUCAUAUAAGUGGGUCUUGAACCGUUUUUUAGAAUGCAUGGAAAAUAAAUUCCCAAAAGCAGUGGUAACAGAUGGAGAUGGAUCAAUGAGGGAAGCUAUUAAACAAGUAUUCCCUGAUGCAUCUCAUCGGUUAUGUGCCUGGCAUCUGCACAAGAAUGCGCAAGAAAAUAUAAAGAAAACACCAUUUCUGGAGGGUUUUAGAAAAGCAAUGUACUCAAAUUUUACACCGGAGCAAUUUGAGGAUUUUUGGUCAGAGUUGAUUCAGAAGAAUGAACUUGAAGGAAAUGCUUGGGUUAUUAAGACAUACGCGAACAAGUCACUGUGGGCAACCGCAUAUUUACGUGAUAAGUUCUUUGGACGUAUUAGAACCACAUCUCAAUGUGAAGCUAUCAAUGCAAUUGUCAAGACAUAUUCCAGAGCCAAAGGCAAAAUUUUUGAAUUUAUGCAUAAUUUUGAACAGGUUUUGAGAGGUUACAGAAACAAUGAGCUUGUUGCUGACUUUAAAUCAAAAUUCACAGAACCUGUGUUGUCAACUCACCUGCGUUUGAUUGAGAUUGAUGCUGCCAGAAUUUACACGGCAGAGAUCUUUAAAGAAGUUAAAGAUGAAAUUAUUGAUUCUGGUGCAAUACGUCUCGAGGACAAAAAAUGUGUGGGGGAUUCCAUGGUUUAUACAUUGCGAAAAUAUCGUGACAAAGGCAUUGAAAGAGAGGUUGUAUACAAUGCUGCAAGUUUAGAAUUUCAGUGUUCGUGUAGACUAUUUGAGUCACGUGGGAUUCCAUGUUGUCAUGUCUUUUUUGUGAUGAAGGAAGAGGACGUUGAUCACAUACCAAAAUGUUUGGUUAUGACACGUUGGACAAAGAACGCAAAAGGUGAGUUUCUGAACAGCGAUUCGAAUGGGGAAAUAGAUGCUAAUAUGAUUGAACUUGCUCGAUUUGGUGCGUACUGUUCUGCUUUUACUACGUUCUGUAAAGAAGCCUCAAAAAAGAAUGGUGUUUUUAGGGACAUAAUGGAUGAAAUCUUGAAUCUUCAAAAAAAGUAUUGUGAUGUUGAAGACUCUACUCGGUCUAAAAGUUUUACAGAUGAUCAGGUAGGUGAUCCAGUCACUGUGAAAAGCAAAGGUGCUCCAAAGAAGAAGAAGAACGCAGCAAAAAGUGUCAGACACUGUUCAAGAUGCAAAAGUACAAGUCAUACCGCAAGGCAUUGUUCGGAUACACACAACUCUGAACUUCAAUAUAAUGAAGAAUUGGUCUCUAUCUCUAUGGAAGAUUCUUUAAGCCAAAAAGAGAAGAAAAAGAAAAGAAAACCUAAUGGCAAUGCUAGCACAAGCAAGCAAAAGAAAUGUGAAGAGGCAACAAAAGUCCCAGAGAUUCCAGAGACAGCUGAUUCGCCAGUUACAAAUGCAGUUCAACCUCCUGUGAAUGUGUUGCAGCCUGGUAUAAUUCCAAUGCAAAUGCAAGCAAUUUACCCCAACUAUGGACUUCAUGGUGGUGAAUCAUCAACUUCCUGUGUUGGGCUCUUGGCACAAGUCAUGAAUGUUGCUGGUUAUGGACAACAACAGUCAUCGCAGUCUUGUUUCUACUCUGCUCAAACUAGUUGAAUCUGGCUGCUGAUAUAUUUAGUUUCCUAUUGUCUUAUAAUUUUUGGCUAGCUAAUUUAAGACUCAAUUGGGAAAGUUCUCUCUGUUGAACAAAAUGUUUUUGAACAAAAAGUUCUCUGAUAUUUUAAUUUGCAUUUUACAGAUACAAUUUAUGUAGCAUUUUAUUUGUUUGUACUUUAGUCAUUGUAUUUGGAUGUUUGAUCACAUAGGGUUACAAUUGAAGAUUUGGUGCUGAAUUGACUUUUUAUUUAACUUAUGAAAGUGAAUGGUUCCGUUUGAGUGUUA